AUGAAGAUCCGUGUCUACACCCUCACUGAAGGAAACACCCUGCAGGAGUUUGCCUACGACUCCGGAAGUGGAUGGUACAACGGCGCCCUGGGAAGUGCUAAGUUCCAAGUUGCACCGUACUCUCGCAUUACUGCCGUGUUCCUGGCAGGAACAGAUGCGUUGCAGUUGCGGAUCUAUGGCCAGAAGCCAGAUAACACAAUCCAGGAGUACAUGUGGAAUGGCGAUGGCUGGAAGGAGGGCACCAACCUUGGAGCUGCCCUCCCCGGCACUGGCAUCGGAGCCACCUCCUUCCGCUAUACUGAGUACAAUGGCCCAAGCAUCCGGUACGAACCUCCAUACGCAAACAUUAAUACGGAAGCACUCACUAAUAAAAUAUGCGCACAGGGUCUGGUUCCAACUGACGACCUCAAACUCGUCCAAAGAGCUUAUAAUCCGCACAAAGGGUGGUACCCGGACCUCGUCACCAUCUUUGACAAGGCACCCCCACGCACCGCCAUUGCAGCCACCAGCUUCGGAGCCGGCAACAGUUCCAUCUACAUGCGUAUCUAUUUUGUCAACUCGGACAACACUAUUUGGCAGGUCUGCUGGGACCACGGCAAGGGGUACAACGACAAGCGAACCAUCACCCCAGUCAUCCAGGGCUCAGAGGUUGCUAUUAUCAGCUGGGGCAGUUUUGCCAGUAACGGGCCCGAUCUCCGUCUAUACUUUCAGAAUGGAACGUGUGUUAGCGCUGUGAGCGAGUGGGUUUGGACUUCAGCGCACGGGUCGCAGUUGGGCAAGAAUGCUCUUCCUCCUGCUUAA